AUGAAUGACCAGACAAAAUCUCUUGUUUCUACCACCGAUCGAUGUGCGGAAACUCUUUCGGAAACUAUGUCAGCCCAUCACCAAAGUUUCGGAGAGUGGCAGAUUCAGAAGGACAUCAUUUACCUAGACAAUGGUGCCUUCGGGUCCUGUCCAAAAUCCGUCGUCGAGAAGCAGAAAAACAUCCGGCAACGCAUUGAAGAAAAUCCCCAUGAGUUCUUCGAAAGAUCAUAUGUCUCUGGCUUGGAGGCCAGCAGACGCUCCCUGGCCGACUUCCUACACGUCGAUUAUCGAGACAUCUUUCUGCUUCCUGGUGCAACCCACGCCAUGAACGUUGUCAUUCAGAGUCUGCGAUUCAACACAGAUGAUGAGAUACUGACUACGAACGUUGCGUACAGCUCUGUGCGGAUGGUGCUUGACCAUGUUGCCAAGAGAGAUGGCGCUCAUAUCGUUGUCGUCGAUGUACCCCUACUAGUCACAGGCCCCGGAGACGUGAUGCAGCGCAUCCUCGCGGGCGUCACGCAUCGCACGCGCUUUGCAGUCAUCGACCACAUCCCAAGCCGGACUGGACUCGUGCUUCCCGCGAAACAAAUCGUCAGGGAGCUUGAGUCCCGCGGUAUUGACACCUUGGUUGAUGGAGCACAUGCGCCUGGCAUGAUUCACUUGGAUCUCGAUGAUAUCAACGCCGCAUACUACGUCGCCAACUGUCACAAAUGGAUGUGCGCACCGCGAGGAAUUGGCUUUCUCUACGUUCGGCGGGAUAGCGCUCAGAACAUCAAGCCGUUGGUGAUUGCCAGGUCCCCCUAUGUCGUCGGCAAGUCUAGACACUCUGUGCUUGAGCACAGCUUUGGAUGGAUGGGGACCUAUUGCCCUUCGGCAAUGCUCUCCCUUCCCUCCGCCAUCGAUCAUCUCAACACGGUGACGCCAGGCGGGUACAGCGACUUGACGAGUCGUAACCAUGACCUCGCAGUGUUAGCCCGCAGGAUUGUCUGCAAAGCUAUCGGCACAGAUAUUCCAUGCCCGGACAGUAUGAUCGCUGCUAUGGCGACUAUACCGCUGCCAGACUCUCCAGGGCCUGAGCAGGAGGGCAUGCUUCCCAUUCAACAAGCUCUGUGGAAGGAACAUGGAAUUGUAAUUCCGGUUUACUCCUGGCCUUCAUACCCUAAGCGAGUUGUCCGUUUGUCGGUGCAGGCUUAUAAUACCUUGGAUCAAUAUCUUAAGCUAGCCGACUGUUUACGCAUCGUGCUGCGCAAAGAACGAAAGUCAUACUCGCUUGACUCUGUUGGUUCAAUUGAGUUUCCAGUCCCUCCAUACACAAGGAGACAAAGUGACGACUCUGCGUACUCUUCAUCCUCAGAGGGUCUCCUAGCAUGUGGAUGCUCCAGCUCUGGAACCAAGAGCUUGAGUGUGAGACAUGAUGUGCCUGGACCUCCGUACCAUGAAAUUGAGAAACCGUCCCUGGCCAUGCUCAGAAACCUCGCUGAAUCCAGAUUGCUGAGGAUCUUACAUGGCACGUUCUCCUUCGAUCCCGUUUCCUUGUUUCCCACCGCUGGAGCUUGUGAGGCCGCACUCACAUUGACCAGUGAAUUCCAGAAACAUGCCAACAUGGAGACUUCCAAAAUGGCCUACAUGCUGUCUUGCAUUCCACGGCGCAGAAUUCCACAAAUAAUGGCUUCUUCUGUAUUGCAGCUGCUGGAGACUGAAGAUGUGAUUGAGGAUUGGCCUCUGCGAAUGAACACUUUUAAGAAUCAGUCUCAGAUACUCAGUCGAGCAAUCAUUUCUGAGAUGAACGCUCCUAGAGCGCCUGCCAAGUUCACAGUCGAUCCCAACGAGUUUGUCGGCCGAGUUGUGCCGUAUGAGACAGAAACCCAUGAGGAGAACCUCAGUCUGACGUUCUGGGGCCGUGCUCUGUCAGACUUCGCGACCAAGGCAAGAUGGUCUCCAGGUCGAAUUACAUCGUUCUUGCAAAUCCAUGCGUUUUUGAGAGAUCCAGUCUGUGGACUGCGCAACAAAUUUGAAUUCCGCAGAGAUAACUUCCUGAAACUGCUCACCAACCUUGCGAAGGAUCUAGAAGAGUCCAGUCGCACUGUACGAGAAGAUGUCGCAGCCCAGUUGGCAGCCGAGUCCUGUUUCCUUUCUCAACCUCUCGUCAGUAAUGCAAGCUGUGUUCAUUUUUCGGCGGAUCAGCAACUUGUAUACUCAUACGUUGACAUUUGCGACAUGGCGCGGUCCGAGUUCUCUUGCCCAGAAAUUGUGAUUGGCAUGAUUGACGAUAUCAUCAGUUGCAGCUCCAGGGACAAGAUCCAUAUUGCCCCGAUUGCCGUAGCAAAUAUUCAUCCCAUUUGUUCGAGCCAUGAUUCUCGGCAAGUCAUCAUAGAUGGUAACAACCGGAUUACUACCCUGACCUUCCUCAAGUUCGUCUCCAUCUACGGACUCGCAAAGCUUGAGGAAACCGAAGAUAAUCUUAGAGAAUACUGCCAGGACAGCGGAUUUGGACCAGUUUAUUUUGUCGACUUCUGCGCUGUGCUACAGAUGCUCCGGAAGAAUGCGGUGCAUGUAUUGAGCCAGCUUCAAGCUGGUGUUGCUUUGGGGCACUUCAAGCAUAUUACGCAGGUGCCGUGCCUGAUUACGGAGGAGGCAUCUUUCAUUACAAAGGUGCUGGUCAAUGGAGAAGAGAUCGCACAGCCGGUUCAUCAAUCUGUUUUUGCGACGGAUGAUUUGCUUGUAGCAUUGCCGGCAAAGAUGCAGUGUCAUGGGCGGGCGAAGGGGUUCAAGGCGCUACCAGUUAGGUAG